AUGUUCAAGGUGAAUAAACAACAUAAUGCAUACCAUCCUUACAAACUAUUGCCAAUUAAUUUCGCGAUUAAUUUAUACAAAAGUAACUCAUCUGUUUCGAAUAUUGCUUGCAAUUCUUCUGCUCAACCUCUCGUUGAUUCUUCCAUUGUCAAUUCUUCUGCUCUACCUAUUGUUGAUUCUUCUGCUCUAUCUACUAUCAAUUCUUCUGUUUUACUUACUAUUGAAUCUUCUGCUCUACCAACCAUUGAACUUUCACCUCCUAAAUCUUCAUCUGCAUUAUCCUCUAAUAUUAUUACAAAACCUGGUUUAAUGAGUGAUACCAAAUAUAUUACUAAUAUUGAGAAUAUUAGUGAUAUCAAAAAUAUUGAUGAUAAGAAACUUUGGCCUAAUUCUAUUAUAAAAUCUCUGCUUGCAUAUCUUUCAGAUCAUAUGAAAGAUUACCACUCUUACCUCAGUAAGGAAAAAACUGAAUCCCAAGUUGCAACAAAAAUUAGAUGGUUAAUUAAUAAAUACAUGAAAGAAAGUGCUAAUAAAACAGGAAAAGGCACAUCAAAAUGA